CUCUGUCUCCAUCUACUGGAUAUAUAAAUGUUGGACUGACCAGUAUCGAUGCCAGACUGAGUUCAGAGGCAUAGAGGCAACAACCAAAAUAGCUCAUCGAGGCCCAGAUUUAUUUAUCCGUGUCGGAAUUUGUGACAAAUCAAAAGAAAUGAAGGCUUUGGGGAUUUAUCUGCAUUACAAAUUUCCACCAAUUGCUGAAUUUGCUCCCCACCUCAAAUACUGACAGCAGCAGCAGCCAGGAGCGGAGUCCUGCUGUCCCGUGGAAUUAUCACGGCACCGAGGCGAGAUACGCAUGGAACAUGGCUGCUAUGAGGACUUUAACCGUGGCGGGUCUCUUUUUGGCGUUUUGCGCUUUGGGACUGAUCGCAGUGGCGAUCAGCACUGACAACUGGUACGAGACUGAUGCGAGGAGGCACCGGCUACGCUGCAAGAAUUAUUCAAACAAAAGAAACGACCCAGGCUACAUUUACAUCUCCAACAACAACCUUCCACUUCGCAUGUUGCCAAAGGAGAAAAAUGUGGAGCGGAGGGGCUCCAGUGUCAGCGGCGAGAUGCUGCUGCGGGCUAAGCGGCACUUCUUGCCUCCUGCCCCGGCCAUGGAGUCCCUCUGCAGUCGGCAGUAUAACUCCACCAUCACCGGACUGUGGAGAAAGUGCCACCGAGAGGGAUUUGACUUGGAGACGGAGGACUCGAUUUUUAAAGGAUUGGUUCCACGCUGCACACCAAUAAAAUACUACUACUCAUCAUCAGUGCUGCCCAGAAAUCUGCCAAUCAAUCUAACCAAGACAAUAAGGCAGGAUGAGUGGCACGCUCUCCACCUCCAGAGGAUGACUGCCAGUUUCAUAGGCAUGGCCAUAUCCAUCAUCCUGUUCGGCUGGAUCAUAGGCGUGCUGGGCUGCUGUAAGGAGCAUGAUUUGAUGCAGUAUGUCGCUGGACUUCUCUUUCUCAUGGGAGGAACAUGCUGCAUAAUCUCUCUUUGCACAUGUGUGGCUGGGAUCAACUUUGAACUGUCCCGCUACCCUCGCUACAUGUUUGGGAUACCAGAGGAUAUCAGUCAUGGUUAUGGCUGGUCUAUGUUUUGUGCAUGGGGUGGACUGGGCCUCACGUUGCUGGCUGGUUUCCUGUGUACACUCGCUCCUUCGCUCUAUCCUCCUCACACCCCUGUUGUGCACAAGCCCAGGCAGGAGAACGGCUGCGUGUGACAGGCUGCCACUCAUCUAACAGACACCUGUCUUAUCCUGAAACAGUGAUGAGCCCUGUUCCAGAGACAGUUUCACCCAGGGACUCAGAGCAUAGACAGAGAGAGAGAGAGAGCCUUCACACAGAGAAAGCACACGACACUGGCUCUCUCUCGCUCACAUGAAUAUGAAAAAGAGGUGACAUUUGACUGAAGACAAUUUCAGUUCCUCUGGUGCUUUUUUUCUGUCCCUCUUUAUGAAUGAACUGUUCAGUGUUAUUGCUUGCUCUUCGAGAGGAGAAUAGUUAUACAAAAAUUUUCUUCCUGUAAAAUCUGCUAGUUUGAGAAGAAACAAAAAAGAAAAAAAAAGAAAAAGGAAAAAAAAGAAACACUGGCAGAAGAUCAAUAGCACAACUUUGAAAUCUGUACUAAAGAUCAAAAUAUGGAUGUGUACCGUCACAUUUCAAAGGGCAACUGUGUAUCAUUAUGUACCCAUUCAAAAGAAAAUAUGUACAUGUACUUUUUGAAUUGUAUGUAUGCAGAUACAUUUGUGUUUAUUCAAGAAAAAAUAUGAGCAUCAAAACCAAACUGUGUUUGAGGGAAAUGUUUUGUUCUUCAUCAAAAUAUUUUUGAAAAAUAAAACAGCCAUGCCAAACUUUUUCUUCUUUUUUUUUGCAUGAUAUGAACUUCUUUGUGGUGGGCCUUUCUCCUAUUAUGACAUGUUUGUAUGUGAGCAGACAGAGACAGGCCUGCUAAUGGAGUCAAAGGUUCUACAGCGUUACUUUUAAACAGCAGCUGUUUAUGUUUCUGUCAGUGCUACAGGGCAGUCUGUUUUAUUCGACCACUUCUGAACACUUAAAUGUGUAAAUGCCCGGAGACCAAAGCUUGAGUCAGCGACCAAAACGGAGUGACAAAAAUAAAACAAUCCAAAUAAAACGGAAAAGGAAAAAAAAAAGAUGUAACUGCCUGCUGUGUAUUAUAGUCAAACAAUAACUCCUUUAAUAAACGUCCAAAAAAAA